ACUCUACAAAAAGGUAGUUACCAAGAACCCACCUAGAGUAUAUUUCUCCUCUUGCCUCCCAGCUUUUAAGUCCCAAGUGCAUGAACCAAUUCUCACUCAACUCUAUAUAAACACAACUUACAUUCUAAUCCAACAGUACUCCAAGCUCUCUGACUAAAUUCACUACAUUGUCAAAAACUCCUUUCAUUCUAAAAAAAUGGAGCCAUUCAACAUUUCUUUCUCUGUACAUACUUCAUCCGAUUCAUCCUCGUCAGACUCUUCGUCAAGUUGUACUAAAGCUCCGGGCAAUGUGGAUAAGGGUGAGAAGAUUAGGGGCCCGUGGAGCGCGGAGGAGGACAAGAUUUUGUCCCAACUCGUUGAACGAUUCGGGGCUAAAAAUUGGUCACUGAUUAGUAAAUACAUUAAGGGCAGGUCCGGGAAGUCGUGUCGUUUACGGUGGUGCAACCAGCUGAGCCCGGAUGUUCAGCACCGUCCAUUUUCUCAAGCCGAGGAUGAGAUGAUUUUAGCAGCUCAUGAAAAAUAUGGAAAUAGAUGGGCCACCAUUGCGCGAUUACUUCCUGGACGGACUGACAAUGCAGUGAAGAAUCACUGGAACUCGACGCUAAAAAGACGUAGACAAGGGAAUAAUGAAAAUGAACAAAAUCGGUCUAGUGAAGAUGAGGCUAGGGAAGUCGCAAACGCAAUGGAUGUGGGAAAUGUAGAAUGUGGUGCAUCAGGCUCCGGGGACAUGAAUGUGGACCCGAAUGAGGUUGAUCCCAUGACGGUUCUUACGCUGGCUCCGCCGGGGUCUAGUAGUGGUGGAUUGCCGGAGCAGCGGGGAGAUAGAUAAAUAAAAAGACCCCGAAGUGUUUCGGGAUGCAAUGAGGAAUGUACGUGAUUGCAAGCUAAGGGAAGUAAGAGAUCGAGUAUGUGAGGAUGUCAGAAGGUUCGGGUAAUAAAUGAUAAGUAGAUGUUGCAGUAAUGUGUUUAUUUUAUUGGCAUUAGUGUGGCAGAAAGAAUUAUAUCCUUCUGUAAAGUUGACAUAAGCCACUUACUGUAAGUUUUAAGCACAGUAAAAUAGAAACACAGUAUGUUAAUUGUCUCAAACUCAUUGGUGUGGUGUACAUACAUACUGGGCG